AUGUUAUUUUGCCCUCUGUGUUCAAGCAUGCUGGUUGUUAAAAGACAGCCUGCGGGGAAUGAGCUGUCUUGCAUCAUGUGUGGGUAUUUGUAUGGCAUAUCCAAGGAAAUGUCCAAGACUAUCGCCAUGACGCCAAAGAAAAGCGAUGGGUUUGUUGACGAGGAUGAGAACUUGAAGUUUGUGUCCAAGUGUGGGAAGAAAUGCGAGUGUGGUUCUGAAGAGGUUUCUUUUGUAGAGCUUCAGACGCGUAGCGCAGAUGAGCCCAUGACGAUAUUCUAUAAGUGCAUAAGAUGUAAGAAGGUUUGGAAAGAAUGA